AAUAAAUUACACUAUAGGAUUCAGCAGUAGGCAACAAAAAACACAAAUUUUUGUUGUUUUAUUUCUUCCCUUCGUUUUGGAACGUGGGCAUGGCCUCAAAGAAGAUACCGCCGGAAAGGCGUCCCUACUGUGAUCCCCGGCUAGAGGAUACAAAAUAUCGCCGGCAACGUGGACUACACAUUAAGCAUGCAAGUGAAACACAAAAGAAAACCGGCAAGCGUCCGCUCAACGAUUGUCCAUUCUUCGAUUUGAAAUAUGAAUUCGAUCAACUGCCGCUGGAUCCUGUCAAGGACUUUUUACGCGAGAAGAUUUCUCACAUGCAAAACGAUACGAUUGUUGGACGUUGCAAUCGCGAGUUCGAUUUUCACAUGUAUGAUUUGGAGAAUGUUAAAGACAAAUACGAAGAGUGCGAUGAUGACUUGCUGAAGGACCUGCAACUCUCGGAUAUUGUAAUGCCCGAACAGUUUGAGACACUGCGCGAACAUCAGGCCACCAAAUACAACUUUGAUAAAAUGGCUUGUCAUCAAUUUCCCUGGAUUGACAAAUGGUUGACUGGCGCGCGUCCCAGUGAAGUGGAAAUAUAUAAAAUGACCAACCAUCUGCUGGAUAUUUACUGCCAACGUCGAGUUCGUAUCUUUUACCUUGACUGUGGCACAAAAUCAUCGCUCUGGACCAACAGACUGAGACGUCAACAUGGUCCGCCUUCGGAGUUAAUUGGAGCCUAUAACACACCUCAGGCUAGGCAUCUGAGAAUUCCAACGCUCACUCAGAAAACCAAAAAGGAAAAGUUCCAGGUCGGCGAUCAUUAUGCGCUAAGAACUCCACAGGAAUGUCGAAAUGAGUUGGCACGCAUGGGAAAGAUCAUUGACAAAAUGAUUGAACCGGUCAUCAAGGAGGCUCAAAACAAUAUUGAACAUGGUCGAUUGCAGUACACAAAUCAACCAAAGUGUCGAGAAAGAAAGAAAAAACCCAAAUGCGUUGUUAGUGAACCGCGUAUACAUCGACGCAAUUUUGCAACCAACGAAGAAUUUCUCAAGUGCCUUAAGAAAAUGGAAGCCACACGGUUUCCUUAUAUGGCGCCACUGCAGCCCGUUGAGCCGGAGGAGCAGAAAUUGCAAUUGUUGGCAAAGUAUAGGAAGAAGCUGUUGCCAGCGGAGGAGAAGUUCACACUUGCCAUACAAAAGCGUUAUAAAUGCCUGCUGCAGACCCUAAGUGUGCUGCAGCUGGAGUCGUAUCCAUCGCGACUGAUACGCAAGGCAAUAAGGCAUAUCAAUCCUCGUUCCACGGUGCUGCAGGAUGCCUACAGAUUCAUAUUGCAGGAAGAGAAAUAUUGGCCUCAUCUGCCGCCAGAAGUUAUAUUAAUGGAUUAUCUAUUCGUUGGCGAACGCGCCAUUCCCGCUGACUAUGCCAUCCUCCUCAUCGUUUGCCUUAUCGAUCUGCAAGAGGAUUUUCGCUACCAUGUCAAGCGCUCCUUUCUGCGCUAUCUGCUGCAGUCGAACAUGGAACGCAAACGCCUGCAGCUAGAAAUGGAGCCACCUGAUUAUCCCACCUUGACCAUUGUCUCCCCCGUGCCUUGGCGCACUCGUCUGCUGCUUUCCAAGAGUCGCAUUGGCGAGAUGCUCAUGACAACGCAUCCCACGGUGCAAGCAUUGAAUCUGCUGUGGCAUCAGCUCUAUGGUGAUCUAGUUAUUGUGGAUCUAUCGAAGCUGUUGCUCCCAGAGCGACCCUUGGAUGCCGACAUUGUGCAGACCUUUGUCAAAGACAGUUGCGCUCAAGUGAGAGAUCUUCUGAUCAACGAUUGGCUACCACGUUGUGCGGACUUGAUGGAUCUGAUGCGCAACAGCUGGAAGGACUUGGUGCCCAUGUCCGGAAAGUAUGGUGGACGUGCAGAUACCCUGUUUAAAUGCGUGCAUGCGUUAAUGUCCCGUCACUUGGACAGUCUGAUCAACAAGAGUCUGGCAUAUUUGUUUAAAGUAUUGUGCGGCUUUAAGAAUGGCAACGAAAUCGAAAGCUAUUCGAUGCAUGAUCCAAAGUUGAGGCGAAGACCUUUAAUGGCGCUCACUGUAUCCGUGGUUGGUGCUCAUUUUGAUAACGAAACAAUUGACUUUGGUCCGGGCGUGCGCACUGAGGAUAAUAUCUAUGAAUUUGAUGCCGACGAUGCGGAUCCAUUUCAAUCGCCAGUGCCAACGCAGACCAUGCUGGAGUGGUUGGUACCCGAUGUGGAUGAUGUGGCUGCUUUUGAAAUGGAAAAUUCUUAUAAACUCUAUAUCUAUCCUUAUAUGUCGGAACUGCCAGGCAUUAUCAGGGAUCUCUUUAAGCACAUAUUACGUGUGGGAUAUGAUAUACCACGCCUUGAAUACAUUAUGUCUGGUCGUGCGCCCGAUACUGAGGGUUCUCUGCACUUUAUCGAUGAGGAUCAUGUCGAUUUUCUGACACUGUGCAACAAAGUUGAGGCAAUUGUUAUGGUCAAUUGGCGCGGUGUUAGCGUUUACUUGAAGCCCAUCUAUAAGUACUAUUACGGUCUGUUUCAAAAGAUGAUAAUGCCCAUGGUUGAGAAGAUUUGGACAGAUAAUACAUUGCCUGAAUUAGUGGUUGUUCAGGAAUUAAUGAAAAAAUUGCGCGCCGUCAGCGAUACGACCUAUUAUCUGCGUGAUUUCAUACCGUUAAAUUUGUUCCUGUUGGAUAAUCGACAUGUUAAAGAAUCCUUGCGCAUGUACGUGAGGAAUAUCUACGAUUUCAUAAUUGAUUUUUACAGAGCACUCAAUCUGAACGAGAAUCGCGCCAUCUGCGAGGAACUCGAGGAGAUGUCGAUGAAGGCCGGCGAGCGGCCAGAGGAAACACCUGAGGUGGUCGCACUGCAAAACUAUAUAACCGAGUGCCGUGAGAUGCGCAUAUUUGCCAUAAAGGAUGAAAUCAAGCUUGUGUUAAAGCGCGUCGUAUUCCUGCUGACACAUGCAUACCUGACCAGCGAUGAAAUUCAUCUGAAUUCCCGCACAUUCAUAUUGCCUGGCGAACUGGAGGAGGUCCUUGAUCUGAGCGCCGCACGUUUGGCUGUUGUGCGUGAUAAUCUGGAGAUGGCAUUACGCGAACGACGCCUACAAUUCGAGAAACUGUUGAUCCAGGAGAAGCGCACCAUGGACGGUUUUCGUAUACGGGAAAUACGCGAUGUGCUCACACUGGAGGAGCUCAAGGAACGUGUGGAUACGGUGGAUUUGCUCUUCAAUACAAUUGAGAAUUUGAGUCGUGAGGCGAAGGCAAUUAAUGUGGAGGAGGCGUUGCUGCAAAUUGAUGUCUCCGCCUUUCCGCUGCUGGGCGAAAUCAUUGAGAAAAUGGAACCAAUUGAAAAGCUAUGGAAAACAUCGUAUGAAUUCGAAAAGGAUUAUCUCAUUUGGAUGUUCGAGCGCUUCGAAUGCCUUAAUGCGGAUGGUGUGCGGGACCAGAUCGAGACCAUGUACAAGAUUAUGCACAAACUGUCGCGGCAGUUGUCCUACAAUCCGGUGGCAAAACGUGCCGCCGAACAGAUGCGCAUUAAAAUCGAAAAGUUUCGCGUGUAUUUGCCAGUGCUCGACUCCAUCUGUCGACAUGGUCUGGAGCAGCGACAUUGGGACAAAGUAUCCCAGAUCCUGGGGCGUCAAAUCAACCCGAAAUUAUUUCCUACACUCAAGGAUAUGAUCGAUGCGGAUAUUAUGAGCAUUCUGCCGGAACUGGAGGAGAUUGCCAAUGCGGCUGGCAAGGAAUACGACCUGAAUAUGGGACUGAAGAAUAUGCAGAACGAUUGGCGCGAUGUCAUGUUCGAUGUGCUGCAAUAUCGUGACUCUGACACGCAUCUUUUGGCAUCUAUCGAUGAUAUUCAGACGCUGCUCGAUGAUCACAUUAUGCGCACACAGGCGAUGAAACGUUCACCGUUUAUUGUGGCCCUAGGCUCCAAGGCUGAUGAUUGGGAGGAGCGUCUACUACUCAUACAGAACAUCAUUGAUGCCUGGACUCAGGUGCAGGUUACCUGGAUGUAUUUGGAACCCAUUUUCAGCUCGGAGGAUAUUAUGCGACAAAUGCCGCUGGAGGGACGUAACUUUAAGGCUGUGGAUAAGAUCUGGCGACGCAUUAUGAAGCACACACUGAAGGACAGACAUGUUAUGGCAGCCACCGAAUAUCCCAGCAUGCUGGAGAUUUUCACCAAAGCCAUUGAGGAUUUGGAGACGGUGCAGAAGGGCUUGAAUACAUAUCUAGAACAGAAGCGUUUGUUCUUUGCCCGCUUCUUCUUUUUGUCCAACGACGAACUGCUGGAGAUAUUAUCGGAAACCAAGGAUCCCAUGCGUGUGCAGCCGCAUUUGCGUAAAUGUUUUGAGGGUAUUGGCACGCUGACCUUUGAUGAUAACAUGGAGAUUACGCACAUGAUUAGCGAUGAGGAUGAACGCGUUGCGCUCGUGCGCAAAAUCAAUCCACAAGCGGCGAACGGUCUGGUUGAAAUUUGGCUUAAAGAGGUCGAGUAUGUGAUGUUGGACAGCGUCAAGGAACAGAUGCGUGAGUCCUGGGAGGACUACACACUGGUCGAUCGCAUUUCCUGGGUUGUUUCGUGGCCGGGCCAAGUUGUGCUCGGGAUUAGCUGCAUGGCCUGGACCUAUGAGGUGGAGGAGGCCAUCGAGAAGCGCGAACUCCCCGCAUACCUUGAGAAGUCCAAUGUACAAAUUGGCGAACUUGUGCAGCUCGUCCGUACGGAUCUUCAGGCUGGCGUUCGCAUCGCUGUCGAGGCGCUGAUUGUAUUGGAUGUACAUGCACGCGAUGUGGUCAAGUAUCUGACGGAUAUGCGCAUAACCAGCAUACAGGACUUUGAUUGGAUGUCACAGCUGCGCUACUAUUGGAAAGUCGAUGAGAAGAACGAGGAUUGGGUGUGUGUCAGUAUGGUGGUUACCGAAGUCAAAUAUGGCAUGGAAUACUUGGGCAAUUUGCCCCGUUUGGUGGUCACACCUCUAACGGAUCGCUGUUAUCGCACUCUGAUGGGUGCAUUGAAGUUGUGCUUGGGCGGUGCACCCGAAGGACCUGCUGGCACUGGCAAAACGGAAACGUGCAAGGAUUUGGCCAAGGCAGUGGCCAAAAAGUGUGUGGUCUUCAAUUGCUCUGAUGGUUUGGAUUACAAAGCUCUCGGCAAGUUCUUCAAGGGUCUGGCACAGUCGGGAGCUUGGGCCUGCUUCGAUGAGUUCAAUCGCAUUGAGCUGGAAGUGCUGUCGGUGGUCGCGCAACAGAUUCUGACCAUACAGCGGGCCAUUGGUCGCAAGGUUGUGAAAUUCUUUUUCGAGGAUACAAUGCUCAAACUGGAUCCAACUUGUUCCAUAUUCAUAACCAUGAAUCCUGGCUAUGCUGGUCGCACAGAGUUGCCCGACAAUUUGAAGGUACUCUUCCGUACUGUGGCCAUGAUGGUGCCGGAUUAUGCAAUGAUUGGCGAGAUAACUCUCUACUCCAAUGGCUUCGAUAUGGCGCGUGUGCUCUCCCAGAAGAUCGUGCAGGCCUACAAAUUGUGCUCCGAGCAGUUGUCAUCGCAAUCGCAUUACGAUUAUGGUAUGCGAGCUGUGAAAUCAGUGCUAUUGGCCUCCGCAUCGUUGCGUCGUCUUUACGCUGACCUCCCGGAGCCUGAGAUUGUUUUGCGCGCCAUUGUUGAUGUCAAUUUGCCAAAAUUCCUCGAACAGGAUAUUUCCCUCUUCAUUGGCAUCUAUAUGGAUCUCUUCCCAGGCGUCGAGCUGCCCAUGCCACAACGCGACGACAUCCUCAAGUGGCUGCGUAUUAAUCUGGCGGAACGAAAUCUGCAGGCCACACCUUGGUAUUUGGAGAAAAUACUGCAGGUAUACGAGAUGCUGCUGGUCCGGCACGGUCUGAUGAUUGUGGGCGGCUCCAUGGGUGGCAAGACCACAGCCUAUCAGAUACUUGCUCUGACGUUGCGCAACGUGGCAAAUGAUGAGGAGGCAACGCUCAAGGAAUAUCCCGUAGUCUUUCGCAUUAUCAACCCUAAGGCUAUAACUAUGGGUCAGCUCUAUGGACGCUUUGAUCCCAUCUCACAUGAAUGGUCCGACGGUGUGCUGGCCAAGACAUUUCGCGAGCAGGUUCAAGGACCCAAGACGGAGCGUGCUUGGGUCAUGUUCGAUGGUCCCGUCGAUGCGGUGUGGAUCGAGAACUUAAACACGGUGCUGGAUGACAACAAGAAGCUGUGCCUAAUGUCUGGUGAAAUUAUGCAAAUGACCAAGAUGAUGAAUAUGAUGUUUGAACCUGCUGAUUUGGAGCAGGCAUCGCCUGCCACAGUUUCGCGUUGUGGCAUGAUCUACAUGGAACCAUCGCAGCUGGGUUGGCGCACCUUCCACAAGAGCUUCUGCAAUGUGCUGAUCAAUAUCAUUGGCCUCAACGACAUCUACAUGACGCUCUUCGAGGAUAUGGUUGAGUGGCUGAUUCCAGCGGCACUCGAAUUCCUGACACAUUGCAAGCAAAUGUUGGAAUUGUCGCCGUUGUAUCAGUAUCAAACUUUCUCGCGCUUCUUUCUGCACUUCCUGGAGAAGCACAAGGUGUUCAAUCAGACAUGGUUUCAGCAGAUGUUCCUCUUCUGCUAUGCCUGGGCCUAUUGUUCGGCAUUGACAGGCGCCGGACAACGCACCUUUGACACGCUGCUACGCAAGGUUAUCUAUGGCUCUAAUGAGGACUUUCCCAAGCCCAAAUAUUUCUCGCUGAAUCGCGGUCAGAUGUUUCCCGAGAAACAGGUAUUCCUGGACUAUCGUUUCGACGAGGCUGAGAACUGGUGGACGUGGCAAAAGUCCUCAGAUGAUCCGACAUCGGGCAGCGCCAAUUUCCCAGAGAGCGCUCAGAUCAGUGAGCUAAUUGUGCCCACGAAGGAGACGGGUUACAUUUCCUAUUGGCAGGAGUUUUGCAUUGCCAAAAACUAUGGCAUGUUGGUCGUGGGUCCAACGGGUACAGGGAAGAGUGCCAUCAUUACGAGCAAUUUGCUGGCCUUGCCAAAAUUUGCAAAUCUCGUUAAUAUCAUAAACUUCUCGGCACGCACCUCGGCACAAAUGGUGCAGGACACCAUUAUGAGUAAACUGGAUCGACGACGCAAAGGCGUCUUUGGUCCCGCGCUGGGCAAGAAGUGCAUUGUGUUCUGCGAUGAUGUUGCCAUGCCAUCGAAGGACACGUAUGGCUCACAGCCACCGCUGGAAUUGCUGCGCACUUGGCUGGAUCAUGGCUACUGGUCGGAUCUGAUAGACACAACCAAAAUUGAGCUGGUUGACAUGACACUGGUCUGUGCCAUGGGCCAAUUGGGUGGCAGUAAUUUUAUCUUUCCGCGUCUCUAUCGGCACAUGUUCGUUGUGGCCGUUGACUCCUUUGAGGAUGCGACCAUCAUUCGUAUAUUCACGACAAUUGGUGAUUGGCACUUUGCCAAGGGUUAUCCCGAGAAGGUGGGACUGUUAUCGCGCGGUUUAGCGGAGGCCAUGGUCAGCGUCUAUCGCGAGGCAAUGCGCAUCUUCUUGCCAACGCCGGCCAAGUCGCACUACACAUUCUCGCUGCGGGACAUAACGCGCGUCUUUCAGGGCAUUGUGAUGGUGCCGCCAAAGCGUAUGCCGGAUCCGGAAAAACUCGGUCGUUUGUGGGCGCAUGAAACUUAUCGUGUGUUUUAUGACCGUCUGAUUGACCAACUGGAUCGUGACCGUCUUCUUACCAUGGCCAUUGAUGCGUGCAAAAAUUAUCUGCGCUUCUCAUUGGAAUCAGCAUUCGCUGACCGCAUUGAGCCGGGCGAGAAACUUAGCGAUAAUGAUCUACGAAAUCUAUUCUAUGGCAACUACAUGGAACCGGAUGCCGAGCCAAAGUAUUACGAUGAAUGUGAAAGCUACGACAAGUUGGAGAAGCUCAUGAAGUAUUAUUUGCGGGAAUAUAAUUCAUUUUCAAGCACUCCCAUGGAUUUGGUCAUGUUUCGCUUUGCCAUUGAGCAUGUUAGCAGAGUGUCGCGUGUUUUGCAAAUGCCUAGAGGUAAUAUUCUCAUGGUGGGCAUGGGUGGAUCGGGCAGACGCAGCUCUUGUCGCCUCGCAGCACAUAUUGCCGACUGUCGCCUGAUGACUGUGCAGGUGUCCAAAUCGUAUACGAUAGCCGAUUGGCGUGAUGAUUUAAAGAAGAUACUAAUGGCAUCAAGUUUCAAUUUGAAUCACACCGUAUUUCUAUUCUCUGAUGCCCAGGCAACGGAUGAGGGUUAUGUGGAGGAUAUCAAUGGUGUACUUAAUACCGGUGAUUUGCCAAAUCUCUACCAACUGGAGGACAAGGCCUCCAUUAUGGAGAAUAUGGCAAAUGUGGCCAAGCAAGUGGGUAAAGUCCUUGAUUCGCUGCCAAGUGAGGUGUAUGCCUAUUACAUUGAAAGGAUAAGGGAGCAACUGCAUAUUGCAUUGGCCUUCUCGCCCAUCGGUGAAUCCUUCAAGGAACGCAUACGUGUCUAUCCCUCAUUGAUUAACUGCUGCACCAUCGACUGGUACAUGCCCUGGCCCGAGGAGGCACUCUCCCGUGUGGGCACCUAUUUCGUCACCUCCAUGAAACUCAAUCGACCUCAUGAAGAUGACAAAGAGGAGGCGAUUGCUUCGGCAGCGCCAUCAACGCGUCCCUCCGAAGAAGUGCCCGAGGGUGGAAAUCGCGAAACAAUGGGCGAAGUGGAUCGUGAAUUGACCCAACUCGAGCAAGAUCUUGUCUAUUGUGUGAUGUACUUCCAUCAGUCCGUUGUGGAGGCCAGUGAAAAGUGUUACUUGGAACUGAGUCGUCGCAAUUAUGUGACACCUUCGGCUUAUUUAGAGUUGCUGAAAGCUUUUCGCACUUUCUAUGCCCGAAAGCUGGACGAGAUUACGCGUCUGCGUGACCGUUAUACAACGGGUCUGGAGAAGCUCGACUUUGCCGCCAGUCAGGUGGGUGAAAUGCAAGCGAAUCUCUACGAUUUGCAGCCCAAACUUAAAGUGCUUUCCGAGGAAACGGAUCGCAUUAUGGUGAACAUUGAACGCGAAACAGCUGAGGCUGAGAAGAAGAAGGAAGUUGUGGGUGCCGAUGAAGCGGCAGCUAAUGAAGCAGCUGCUGCAGCUCAAGCUAUCAAAGAUGAUUGCGAAACGGAUCUGGCGGAAGCUAUACCCGCCAUGGAAGCAGCUCUGGAGGCGCUGAAUACGCUGAAACCCGCAGACAUUGGUGUGGUCAAGUCUAUGAAGAAUCCGCCCUAUGGUGUGAAACUAACGCUGGAGGCAGUCUGUGUGCUCAAGGGCAUUAAACCGGAUCGUAAACCCGAUCCUAGUGGACAUAUGGUGGAGGAUUAUUGGGGACCUUCGAUGCGCAUGCUCAGCGACAUGAAGUUCCUCGAGUCGCUGAAAACAUUUGACAAAGACAACAUACCGCCAGCGAUCAUAAAAAAGAUACGCGAUAAAUAUAUAGCCGAUCGUGACUUUGUGCCCGAGAAGAUUAAGGCAGCUUCCAUGGCCUGCGAAGGCAUUUGCCGUUGGGUUAGAGCCAUGGAUGUCUACGACAAAGUGGCACGGAUUGUGAUGCCCAAGAAGGCGGCGCUGGCCGAGGCCGAAGGUGAUUUGUCUCAGCAAAUGGAGAAGCUCAAUGCGAAACGUGCCGAGCUGCAAGUCAUCUUGGACAAGUUGCAGAAACUCAAUGAUUUCUUUGCGGAGAAAUCGCGUGAAAAGAAGCGCUUGGAGGAUGACAUAGAGAACUGCGAAAAGAAGCUAAACAGAGCUGAGAAGCUCUUGGGCGGAUUGGGAGGCGAGAAGACGCGCUGGUCGGAGGCAGCCAAGAAUCUGCAUGAAUCUAUUAGCAAUAUUGUGGGUGAUGUGCUUCUCGCUGGCGGCUGCACUGCUUACUUGGGCUUCUUUACCACCGAGUACCGAGCUAAUAUUUUGGAAGACUGGAAUGCGGUGUGUCAACGUAGGCAUAUACCCAGCAGUGAGACCUUCUCAUUGGCCACCACUUUGGGCAAUCCAAUGACAAUACGCGCCUGGUCACUCGCUGGUCUGCCGGCUGAUAAUUUCUCAGUGGAGAAUGGAAUCAUUGUGACCAACUCCAGUCGCUAUUCACUGCUCAUCGAUCCACAGGUGCAAGCCAACAAAUGGAUUAAGAACAUGGAGAAGAACAAUAAUCUGAAGGUGGUUAAACAGACCGAUUCCAACUACAUGCAGGUGCUGGAAUUAGCGCUGACCUAUGGCCAGCCGGUGCUCAUCGAAAAUGUGGGGGAGAAACUGGACUCGAAUUUAACGCCCAUUUUGGAGAAGAACAUUAUAAAGCACAAGGGCGGUCUGUUCAUAAGAAGUGGCGACACAAUGAUUGAAUACAAUCCUGAGUUUCGUCUUUACAUAACAACAUGUCUGCGCAAUCCGCAUUAUCCGCCGGAAGUGAUGGUUAUGGUAACAGUAUUAAAUUUCAUGAUAACGGAACAAGGAUUACGCGAACAAUUGCUAGCGAUUGUGGUGGCACACGAGCGUCCCGAUUUGCAAGAGAAGAAGGAACAAUUGAUUAUUGAAUCCGCAAGGAAUCGUGAUGCAUUGUACACUAUUGAAUCCAAGAUAUUAGAGGUACUAUCCACCUCCGAGGGCAAUGUGCUUGAGGAUGAGAAUGCCAUCAACAUACUUUCCUCCAGUAAAAUACUAUCCGAGGAUAUCCAAGAGAAGCAGGUGAUUGCUGUGGCCACCGAGAUUGAAAUCGAUGCAGCACGACAGCAAUAUAUACCCGUGUCCAAGCAUUCGGCCAUUCUAUUCUUCUGCAUCAGCGAAUUGGCCAAUGUCGACCCGAUGUAUCAGUAUUCGUUGGCCUGGUUCAUCAAUCUCUUCGUCAACACCAUACUGAAGGCACCCAAGUCUGCGGUGCUGGCCGAGCGUCUAAAUAAUCUCAAUGAUUACUUUACCAAAUCCAUCUAUACGAAUGUCUGUCGUUCGCUAUUCGAAAAAGAUAAGCUGGUCAUCUCGUUGGUCAUGUGUUUGGGCAUACUUGUUUCACAGGGUCGAGUGGCCAAAGAUGAGUUGCUAUUUUUCCUCACCGGCGGCAUAGGUUUCAAGAGCAUCAUACCCAAUCCCUACGCUGAAUGGUUACCCGACAAAGCUUGGGCGGGAAUUUAUCGUGCCAGCGAUCUCGAUGGCUUAAAGAACUUGCACCUUAAAAUUGAAGAUAAUGCUCAGGCUUGGCGUGACUAUUAUGAUGCUGUUAAUCCUCAAGACUUGCCCUUGCCCUCGCCUCAUGAUAAAGUUAAUGACAUGCUGCGUUUGAUCGUGCUCAAGAGUCUGCGACCAGAUAAACUGGUGCCUGCUGUGCGCGCUUUUAUCACACACAACCUGGACAAGUCGUUUGUGGAGCCGCCACCCUUCGAUUUGGGCGCCUCAUUCGCGGAUAGUUCACCGAAAAUACCGCUGGUGUUUCUGCUAUCAGCCGGCUCUGAUCCCAUGGCCAGCCUCUUUAUGUUCGCCAAACAACGCAACAUGUACGAGAAAUUGAAAACCAUCUCGUUGGGUCAGGGUCAAGGACCGCGUGCAGAAAAGAUGAUCACGGAGGCAGCCCGUCAUGGGCAAUGGGUCGUAUUGCAGAACUGUCACGUCGCCUUCAGCUGGAUGGGCGACUUGGAACGCAUAUGCAAUGACACCACACUUACGGAUGGUGCCCACAGUGACUACCGUCUGUGGUGUACAUCAUAUCCGAGUGCCGUGUUCCCGGUGUCGGUGCUGCAGAACUCGGUCAAGAUGACAAAUGAACCGCCUAAGGGAUUGCGCGCCAAUAUGCAUCGCUCGUUCACAUCGGAUCCCCUGAUGCGGGACAAGUUCUUUACGAACGCGUUCCUCUUCUCGGACUCGGCUAACAAGUGUUGGCUGCGAGGCGUAUUCGCCUUGGUCUUCUUCCAUGCUGUUGUUCAGGAACGACGCGAGUUUGGGCCACUUGGCUGGAAUAUUCCCUAUGAGUUCAACGAAUCGGAUCUGAAGAUAUCCCUGUUGCAGCUGAAGAUGUUUAUAGCACAGAGUCAUAGCAUUCCCUUUAGAGGUCAUGUUUAUCUCACCGGCGAGUGCAACUAUGGUGGGCGUGUCACAGAUGACAAGGAUCGUCGUUUGAUCUUGUCGUUGCUGAACAUGAUAUACAACAGCAAUACCAUCGAGCAGGAUAACUACGCUUUGUCUCAAUCGGGACAAUACUGCGUGCCGCUAAGUCCAACCAAACUGAACUCCAUUGAGUACAUCAGCACUUUCCCAUUGAGUCCACAACCCGAGGUUUAUGGACUGCACGAGAAUGCGGACAUUAAUCGCAAUGUGAAGGAAACCAAUGCGCUCAUUAGUGGAGUGCUGCUCACCCAGACCGAUCUGAUGGCAUCGGUAAAGGCCUCCUCGGCUGGUGGGGCUAAAGAGGAUCCUGCGAUUGCCAUUUGCAAAGAGCUGUUGACGCGUCUGCCCGAGGAAUUCGAUUUGGAUGAAGUGAGCAAAACGUAUCCCGUCAUCUAUACGAAUUCGAUGAAUACGGUGCUGCGACAGGAAUUAAUACGCUUCAAUCGUCUGCUAUCGUAUAUACGCAAGAGUCUAGUUAAUGUGGGCAAAGCUGUCAAGGGACAGAUUGCCAUGAUACCCGAACUGGAGCGAACGCAUGCCUCCAUGAUUAUAGGCAAGUUGCCGGCGGAUUGGCUGAAAAAGAGCUAUCCCUCGUUGAAACCUCUGGGUAGCUAUGUCACCGAUUUUCUAGCCCGAUUGGCCUUUUUCCAGUCGUGGAUCGAGAACGGUGAACCAAAUGUCUACUGGAUCUCCGGCUUCUAUUUUACCCAGUCCUUUAUAACGGGUGUGCUGCAAAACUAUUCGCGCAAAAAUCGCUUCCAAAUCGAUAUGAUCAACAUUGAGUUUGCGGUUACCAAAUUCGAAACACAAACCGCACAAGUUGCUGAUAUUGGUGCCUACAUUCGGGGUAUUUUCAUAGAGGGUGCUCGUUGGAAUCGCAAGACCAAAGAAGUCGAUGAAUCAUUCUCGAAAAUAUUAUUCGAUACUCUGCCCGUAAUCUAUCUACGCCCGGUGCUAAGAUUACCAGAUGAAAUCCCACGGGGAAGCGGCGGUGCAGAGCCAAGUCCGAUAUAUGAUUGUCCCGUGUACAAGACGAGCGAACGUCGUGGUGUCCUCUCCACCACGGGCCACUCAACCAAUUUUGUGAUGUACCUGCAGUUGCGAUGCUCCCAGACACCGAUGCAUUGGAUUAAUCGCGGCACAGCCUGUCUCUGCCAGCUCGAUGAUUGAAAGUUGACCCAUGGGGCAUAUCCUGGACGUUCGACUCCAACCGGGGAACGGAUGUGCCACACCAUGCGUCGAUUUUUAUACGUUUUACAUUGGGCCACGGGGAACCGAAACUGAAACUGAAACUCAGCAUGGACUGGGGGCGACUACUGGUUGCCUGCCUAUAUUUUUAUGGAUAUACGUAUAGAAUUAAACUGGAAUCAAGAACAGCAGCAGCAACAGCAACAGCGACUGGACCUGUUUGGAACACCAUACAUAUGCUGAUAUUCUACUAUAUAUGUUACGUAUAUAUCUGUUUGAUUCUUGCUUUACUUUUAUUUGUUGCGUUUGCGUCAGGAAACGCCGAAAGCGAAUUCUGCCCACCGAUUCUAUUUAUUUUUGUCCGUUUUUCCGCAUAGGAAGAACGAAGCAAUGUGCAAUGCGCAGUGGCAUUUUGAUGAUGAUGUUGAUUGCCAGAUAUAAAUUAAAUAUGCAGAACUCUGUAGAGCAAUGGCUGAAUAUAUAUUUUUUAUGUGUGCGCCAUUUACAAAAUGAAUAAAUGACAAAAUAAACCAGGAGCAUGUGUUUUUUGCUCCACCUGCUGUGCGACAAUGUUAUACGAUAUCUUUAUAAACUGGUUGUAAACAUUAAAAGCAUAUCUUAAAUUUGUAGAUAACAAUACGCAUAAGUAGAAUUCUACUUAUGUGUCAAUUUAGAAAAUAUAAAUAGAAUUGCCAAGGUCUUCCAUCCCGUCAUAUCCUCAACUUAAACGAGAUCUCCAUCGAUCGACAUUCUCCCAUUGUCUAAGCUAAUGGAACGCACAU